UCAAUUUCUGAUAAUACAGGAAGUAAAUUUGAAGCUUUGAAAAGAAAAAAGGGGAAAACAGUGCGAUUUAUUUAUUUAUUUGGUUCAAAGUAGUGAGCCGCCACUUUCCCUGAUAAACGAGAUGGCCGGCGAAGUUGCGGCGGAGGUUAACGGCGUCGAGGGAAACAUGCAGUUGUGUGAGGAGGAGACUCUACGUCUCCUUCGCGAUGCCGUUAAUGAGCUGCCGUUAAACGCCGUUAAAGAUUUAUGGUCCAUUGGGGCAUGUGCUCGAUGCAUUUUUCGACUAUUUGGACUUCACGAACUCAUGUGUUCACAUCCUUCACUCUCAAUAUCAAAGUGGUAUGAUAUCUUAGCAGAUGUAAUGAGAAAAGAAGAUGCUGACACGGCUGAUCAUCCCCAAAAAGAUGGAGAAUUUAGUAUUAAGCAAUUGCAUCAAGAACCAUUAAAGGAGACAAACUUUUGCAAAAUUUGCUUAGGCAUUUUGCAAUUUCUCUAUAAUGAUGACAGUGGAACUUUACUGAAAAAGGAUAGUGCUGAUGACUUUGCUUUAGCAGUUUCUGAACCUGUAAAGCAACAACAUCACCAAAUUGAUAGUUUUUCUCUUGAAUUCUCAUUACCGUCGGCUUUAACAGAAAAUGAUCAAGCAGUCUGGUUGUAUAUGAAAAAUAGGUACCGCCAUGAACUUUGGUUCCAAGAAAAGGCUGAAUAUCAAUUCAUUUGUACGAAAGACAUCUUGAAAUUGUUAGUGACAAAUCCAUUACAAAGCUUAUUGGGUGUAAAAUCUAGUCAAGGUUCUUUGCGCAUUCGCUUAACAUAUUCACAUUCUGAUGCAUUAACAAGAGAUGACAUUCAAGAACGGAAUGGAGGAAAUAAGAGGAGGAAAACAGGCAAAGCAGGUUUCACUGGUGACCUCAAGACAACUGAGGAAUCUGUUACUCCCCAUGUUGAGUCUUUUGAUAAUCAUAUUGGUGAUGGAGAUGGACUGACGAAAGUUUGUCCCAAGGACUCUCAAGAUCUCAGUUGUAGUUACUUAAUGGCUCAGUUAAAUAAGGUCAGUAAGCCUUGUUGUCUGACCAUUCAUUGCUGUAGAAGCCCUAUAUUUAUUGGAGGAAGAUAUUUCAAGUAUUCAAGAAAUGUCAGCCAGACACGCUGGGUUAUCGAUGAUGAAAGAAUGGGAGAAGCAUCUGUUGAGGAAAUAGUAGGCAGGGCCAUCCUUCCUAUCUUCCAGGGUGACAAUUAUAAGUUCCAUGCUGCUGGUAGGGAGGAUAUUGAUGUCCGGAUGCUGGGUACAGGCCGUCCUUUUCUGGUAGAGAUACAAAAUGCACGCAAAGUCCCUUCUGAAGUGCUCAUAAAAGAGAUAGAGAGGAAAAUUAAUAGUCUAGAAAGUCAAUUGGUCAGGGUUAAAAAUCUUAGAGCUGUAGGUAGUCAAGGGUGGGACCUCAUGCGUGAAGGAGAGGCGGAGAAGCAGAAGCAGUACACUGCAUUGGUGUGGAUUUCUCGUCCCGUCAGCGAUGAUGAUUUGCAAACAAUAUCGUCAUUAAAGGAAUUGAAAGUUGCUCAAAAAACGCCUAUAAGGGUUCUCCAUCGCCGAAGUCCAUUGGAGAGAGAGAAAAUUAUACAUUGGAUGAAAGUGGAGAGGAUCUCUGGAAGCUCACAAUAUCUUCUACUGCAUCUGUGUACUCAGGCUGGGACAUAUAUCAAGGAAUUUGUUCAUGGGGAUUUUGGUCGCACCCAGCCCAGUGUUGGUUCAAUUCUUGGUCGCAGAGCAGAGAUACUGCAGCUCGAUGUUACGGACGUGAAAAUGGACUGCUUUCAGGCAGAAUGAUAGGACGAUAAUUCUGUCGGAUCCAGAGACUUGUGAUCACGCCCAACUAUGCCUUAUAAAAAGAACUAAGCGGUUGUUGCAAAUAUAAUCCGGUUUACAAGUCCGGAGUCGAAUCCCACAGAGAACUAAGGCUUAGCUAUAACUGUUCAAUAUUGCUGAGCAACACAAGUCCAAACAAUUUCCUAAUUAUAGAGAUUAUAAUAUUUAUUUCUAACUAA